GGGGUUUGAACAGAAGGCUCCUCUCUCAGUUUAAAAGGCAUUUUCUCCUCCUCUCUUUCUUUCCCACUCUCUCUCUCUCUUUAGCUCUGACUCGGUGCUCAGACUCGGUGACAAGAGCAGUAGGCUGAGCUGUCAGGGCAGAAGAAACAGUGAGAAAAUAGAUUUUUUUUGGAAUAGAAGUGUCAUCUGGUUAGAAAACAAGGAGAGAGGUGGCGGAACUGCAUUCAAGGUGGACAUCCUUUCAUCCCCCUUUGCUGAAAGUGUUGGGUUCCAAAUGAGGCAAUUCGUGUGAGCUGCCAAAGGCUGUGGUGUAGUAGCUCUGAACUGUCUGGUCUGCUAAAGGGCCCCUACACUUAUCCAGAUUUGGCCAGACUUCCAAGCUUUGUCCGAGGAGUCCAGUUGAGAAAGACAAAAAUGGGAACUAAAAGCAUUUUAGGGUGUGUCUUCCUGACUCUCCUUCUCAACCUCUGCCAAGCUGGGCUGGUGAGAAAAUUACUUAGGGAUAAACGGGCGACCUUGACAACCCCUGGCGGAAACAAUGUGACCCUGACCAGCGCUGAGCAACCAGUGGUCUUCAACCACGUCUACAACAUCAACGUCCCUUCCAGCUCACUAUGCUCAGUGGACCUGGAUGCCCUAGGAAGCACCAGCCUCGAGCCCCAGGACGCAGCUCCGCCUUCAAGCCUCCGCACCACCGAACAUACCCUGGAUGGGCAGAACCAGAUAGUUUUCACUCACCGCAUUAACAUUCCUCAGCAGGAGUGUGCAUGCACUGAUGGGCUCCCGGAUCUGAAGGACCUCCUGAGCAGAUUGGAGAUGCUGGAAGGAGAGGUGUCCACGCUGAGAGACCAAUGCGCUAGUGGAGACGCUGGCUGCUGCAGCGUUCAGCCAGUCACAGGUGAGGUGGGGACCAAGCCUUAUUGCAAUGGCCAUGGCAACUACAGUGCUGACACCUGUGGUUGCAUUUGCGAACCUGGCUGGAAGGGACCCAACUGCACCGAGUCUGAAUGCCCCAACAACUGCCAGGACCAAGGUCGCUGCGUGGAUGGGAAGUGCGUCUGCUUUGAGGGCUUUGGCAGGGAUGACUGUUCACUCAAGGUUUGCAAAGUGGACUGCGGUGGGAACGGACAAUGUAUUGGUGGGGUCUGUGUCUGUGCCAAGGGUUACACUGGAGAGGACUGUUCUCAGACAGACUGCCUGAACAACUGCCUAAGCCGUGGAAAGUGUGUGGACGGGGAGUGUGUGUGUGAAGAGCCCUGGACGGGCUACGACUGCUCCGAACUCAUCUGCCCCAACGACUGCUACGACCGCGGACGCUGCGUCAAUGGAACCUGCUACUGCGAAGAAGGAUUCACCGGGGAGGACUGUGGGGAGAAAACCUGCCCAAGUGACUGCCUGGGAAAUGGUUUCUGUGUGGACGGCCAGUGUGUCUGCAGCGCUGGCUACACUGGAGAGGACUGCUCCAAGCUCACCUGCCCCAGUGACUGCAACGAUAGAGGUGUCUGCUUCAACGGCAUGUGUAUCUGUAAUGCUGGCUACCAAGGAGAGGAUUGUAGCCAGCUGGCUUGUCCCAACAACUGCCACAACAGGGGACAGUGUGUCAACGGGCAGUGCGUCUGCAAUGUAGGCUACCAGGGAGAGGACUGCUCUGAGCUCUCCUGCCCCAACAACUGCCAGGACCAAGGUCGCUGUGUCGAUGGGAAGUGCAUCUGCUUUGAGGGCUUUGGCAGGGAUGACUGUUCACUCAAGGUUUGCAAAGUGGACUGCGGUGGGAACGGACAAUGUAUUGGUGGGGUCUGUGUUUGUGCCAAGGGUUACACUGGAGAGGACUGUUCUCAGACAGACUGCCUGAACAACUGCCUAAGCCGUGGAAAGUGUGUGGACGGGGAGUGUGUGUGUGAAGAGCCCUGGACGGGCUACGACUGCUCCGAACUCAUCUGCCCCAACGACUGCUACGACCGCGGCCGCUGCGUCAAUGGAACCUGCUACUGCGAAGAAGGAUUCACCGGGGAGGACUGUGGGGAAAAAACGUGCCCAAGUGACUGCCUGGGAAAUGGUUUCUGUGUGGACGGCCAGUGUGUCUGCAGCGCUGGCUACACUGGAGAGGACUGCUCCAAGCUCACCUGCCCCAGUGACUGCAACGAUAGAGGUGUCUGCUUCAACGGCAUGUGUAUCUGUAAUGCUGGCUACCAAGGAGAGGAUUGUAGCCAGCUGGCUUGUCCCAACAACUGCCACAACAGGGGACAGUGUGUCAACGGGCAGUGCGUCUGCAAUGUAGGCUACCAGGGAGAGGACUGCUCUGAGCUCUCCUGCCCCAACAACUGCCUCAACCGGGGCCGCUGUGUCAACGGACAGUGUGUGUGCGAUGAAGGGUUCGGUGGUGAGGACUGCAGCAUCAAGAUCUGCCCCUCAGACUGCUAUGGCAGUGGAGAUUGUGUGGAUGGCCAGUGUGUCUGCUAUGCUGGCUUCACCGGUGAGGACUGCAGCGAGCUGAGCUGCCCCAACAACUGCCUGAACCGCGGACGCUGCAUUGACGGGCAGUGCGUCUGCGACGAGGGCUUCACAGGGGAAGACUGCACUGAGAAGCACUGUCCCAAUGACUGCCUGGAUAGGGGAUACUGCGUGGAUGGCAAAUGUGUCUGCCUGGAGGGCUAUGCGGGUGUCGACUGCUCUGAACUCACCUGCCCUGAUAACUGCAACAACAGGGGGCACUGUGUUAAUGGGAAGUGCAUGUGUGAGGAGCGAUACACGGGAGACAACUGUGGAGAGCUGAGCUGCCUCAACAACUGCCAGGACAUGGGCCGCUGUGUGAAUGGACAAUGUCUCUGUGAUGAGGGAUACAUCGGAGAAGACUGCUCAGAAGUUUCACCUCCAAAGGACCUGACUGUAACAGAGGUCACCACUGAGACAGUGGAUCUGACCUGGAACAAUGAGAUGCUGGUGACAGAGUAUCUGAUUGCAUAUGUGCCCACUAGUCCUGGGGGUCUGUACCAAGAGUUCAGAGUGCCCGGAGACAAGACCGCUGCCACAGUCAGCGAGCUGGAGCCCGGCAUCGAGUACCUGAUCAACGUCUAUGCCAUCCUCAGCAACAAGAAGAGCAUCCCAAUCAGUGCCAGGGUGGCCACAAAUCUACCGGAGCCAGACGGCUUGAAGUUCAAAUCGGUGAGGGACACCUCAGUCGAGGUGUUGUGGGAUCAGCUGGACAUUCCCUUUGAUGCCUGGGAGCUCUAUGUCCGUAACACGAAAGAGGAGAAUGGGAAGAUCCUGACAACCCUUCCAUCCUCCCAGACUAUGUAUGAGCAGUCAGGGCUUGGUCCUGGUCAGGAGUACGAGGUCUCAGUGGGCGUCAUCAAGAACAAUACCAGAGGACCUCAGUCUACUAAAAUCAUUACCACCAGGAUUGAUGGCCCCAGACAGGUAGAGGUGCGUGAUGUGACGGACUGCUCAGGCUUGGUCACCUGGUUCCAGCCCGUGGCCCAGGUGGACGGUGUCACCGUGUCCUACGGCCCCAGCUCCCACCCCACAGAGAGGACCAGCGUGGACCUGUCCACCUCAGACAAACAGUACAGCAUCGACAGCCUCAGCCCAGACACUGAGUACCAGGUGUCCCUGAUCUCCAGGAGGGGAGACUACACCAGUGAGCCAGUCUCUGAGAUAUUCACCACAGACCUGGACGCCCCCAAAGACCUGAAGCCCUUGGGCCAGACAGACGACAGUGUCACACUGGAGUGGAUAAACAGCCGGGCAGAUGUUGACAGCUACAGGGUGAAGUACAGCCCCAUCUCUGGGGGUUCCCAUGGCGAGGAGGUGUUCUCCCGUGGGUCAGGAGACAGCACUCAGGCCACCAUCACUGGAAUGAAACCAGGUACAGAAUACGGGAUUGGUGUGACUGCCGUGAAGAACGAGAGGGAGAGCCUGCCUGCCACUACAAACGCAGCCACUGAUCUCGAUGGGCCCAAGGACAUGGAAGUGAGCGAGUCCACAGAGACAAGCAUGACCCUGGUGUGGAGGAGACCCAGAGCCAAGAUCACCAUCUACAGGCUGGUGUACAUCUCCAGGGACGGUCGAAGGGAGGAGGUGGAUGUCCCUGGAACUGCCACCACCUAUGUCCUGACCAACCUGACCCCCGGUAUGCUGUACACCAUUUCCCUGGUCGCUGAGCGGGGCUCAAAGAAGAGCACACCCGUAACCCUGUCCGCAUCUACAGAGGACCUGAGGCCUGUGGUGGCCAACCUCACAGUCUCUGACGUGACAUGGGACAGCUUCAAUGUGUCCUGGACUCCCGAGGACGGGGAGUUUGAGAGCUUUGUCAUUGAGGUGACAAACUUACAGGAAGGUUUAGAGAGCGAGAACCUCACCUUGUCUGGUGAUGCCUUCAGCCUGGGCAUUUCUGGCCUGAGUCCUAACACCUCGUAUAGGAUUGGCCUGUACGGGCUCCACAAGGGCUCCUUCCAGGAGCCAGUGUAUACCGAAGUCACUACAGGCCUGGGCGCUCCAAGGGGCAUCCGCUUCUCUGAGGUGACCGAGUCCUCGGCCAUAGUCCACUGGACCAUGCCUCGUGCCAGAGUGGACAGCUACCGCGUCGUCUAUGUGCCCCUCCAAGGAGGUAGCCCAAUGACAGUGCUUGUGGAUGGGACUGAGACCCAGGCCUUGCUGCCUGACAUGUUGCCAGGGGUGACCUACCAGGUGACCAUAUUCUCCAUGAAGGGCCUGGAGGAGAGUGACCCAGGGACAGACACCAUCACCACAGCUCUGGACAGACCUCAGGGUCUUUCUGCUGUCAACGUCACUGACACGACCGCCCUGCUGCUAUGGCAACCCAGUCGGGCCACUGUCGAUGGCUACGUCAUCACCUACAGUGCAGAUUCAGGGUCCCCAGUGAUGGAGCAUGUUUCUGGGAACACAGUGGAGUUUGAGAUGGGCUCUCUGGUCCCUGCCACCCAUUACACAGUUGGGGUAUACGCCAUGAGGGAGGCACUGAAGAGUGGCACCACCACCACCGAUUUCACCACAGAUGUGGAUUCUCCUCGCGACCUGGUAGCCAGCAACGUCCAGACAGACAGUGCCACUCUCACUUGGAAGCCCCCGCGGGCCGACAUCACCGGAUACGUCCUCACCUUCACCUCAUCUGACAGCACAGUCCGGGAAGUGGUCCUGAGCCCUACAGCCACAUCAUACAGCAUGACUCAGCUGAGUGGCACUACCGACUACAACGUCAGGCUACAGGCCAUCGCUGGAGCCCAGCAGAGCCGCCACGUCACCACCAUCUUCACCACCAGCGGAGUGUUGUACAGAUACCCUAAGGACUGCUCACAGGCUCUGCUGAAUGGAGACACCACUUCUGGCAUCUACACCAUAUACCUGGGAGGAGAAGAGAGCCAGCCUAUCCAGGUCUACUGUGACAUGACCACCGACGGAGGUGGAUGGAUGGUGUUCCUGAGGCGCCAGAGUGGAAAGCUGGAGUUCUUCAGGAACUGGAAGAAUUACACUGGUGGCUUUGGGGACAUUAAUGCUGAAUUCUGGUUUGGUCUGGCCAACCUCCACAAGAUGACAACAGCAGGCCAGUACGAGCUGCGUGUGGACCUGAGGGACAACGGGGAGUCGGCCUAUGCUCAGUAUGACAAAUUCAUGAUCGCAGAACCCCGUAGCCGCUACAAGAUCCACAUAGGAGGGUACAGCGGCACAGCAGGUGACUCUAUGACUUAUCACCAGGGCCGACCCUUCUCCACGUAUGACAAUGACAAUGACAUCGCUGUCACCAACUGUGCCCUGUCCUAUAAGGGUGCCUUCUGGUACAAAAACUGCCAUCGUGUCAACCUUAUGGGGAGAUAUGGUGACGAUAGUCACAGCAAGGGUAUCAACUGGUUCCAUUGGAAGGGACACGAGCAUUCAAUACAGUUCGCCGAAAUGAAGAUUAGACCAGUCAACUUCAGAAACUUUGAAAGUCGAAGGAAAAGAUCAUAGACUUUAUACUGCCCUCCUCCCCCUAGCUCUCUCCAAGCCUCCCCCCACCCUCCCAGGAGCAUCACCCCUUGACCCUCUUUUGACCCUCAAUCUUCAGUUCACCAAGUCACACAUCAAGCAAGGACAAUCAUGUUACUGAAUGUGUUUUUAUCCAACUAGCUGUCAAUAUUGGGAUGGAUACGUUAUACCAGAAACGUCACAAUCUGACUUUUGUGUGUUUGAUUUAUUUCAUUGUUUGUGUUCAUUGGAAAAUUUACAAGCAAAUCAUGGCUCCUUAUAGGUCCAAAGAUAUUUGAAUAUACCAAUUAGCAAUAAGGCAGAUUGAUUAUGAAAUGUGAAACAAUGAAAGGGGAUUUCAGUUACUCUUUUUGCUAAUCUCCCACACUUUCACGUUCUUUCUCUGGCAAUUGAUUGAAAAACCGUCUGAGCAUUCAGAACCCAUUGUACAUUACUGUGGACAGCACAGUUGAACUAGCAAAAUUUCAGAGAAACGUGACAAUAAUAAUGUGGCUUGAUGCCACAUCCCUCAGUCUUCCCAAGGAGGUAGAAAAUAAAGCUAUAUAGGUGAACAAAGUUCCCCUCUAUUCAUACAGUAAAUCCUUCAACAGACUUGAGGGAAAGACCGACUAAAUUAGGCAUAAUUUGUUUCAUGCUGAGUGAUUGAUAUUUAGAAUGACAUUUUCUAUUAUUUCCAACCGAUUUGAAUUAUGUCCACAUAUUCAACAAAGUGUGACAACUGUUCUUGAGAAGAUCAUGGUAGGGGUUUCAACCAGGGAUAUAAUUGAAUACCAGUUUAAAUUAUGCUUUGAUUUUGUUUUCAACUGAAUGAACCCUCGAUACAAUAAAAUAUACUUUGUUAAAAGC